CCUGAACAACACGAAUGUCAACACAAAUCAGGAGAUUUUUCAAAACACAUUAUUGGUGGCCUUGUCUCCUUUAUCUCACUUCCCGGCCGAGCAAUUGACCCUCGAAAACAUCUGGAUUCCGAAUUUGACCCCGGAUCCCACAAUAUUCCACGGACCCGCCAAAGCGGACCGUCCAGUCUACUCACCCUCCUACUUCGAUCUGCCGGACACUUGCAAUAUCCUAGGUCAGAGCUGACAAAGACGAAUCUUGGAUCAUUGCCUCAACCCCAUCCUCAUCCAACUCGAUAACCAGGAAAAAAAAGAGGCCUUUGCGACCUUCGAUUGAAUCCCAACCCAAAGAGUAACACUGACACUCAUCCCAUGGCGGAGAUGUGGGAUCCCUCGGACGUCGACUCACCCGAUACUACCGGCGACCUGGCCGCGUCCCAAGCGUCCCAAGCGUCCCAAGCGUCCCAAGCGUCCCAGCCUCCAGGCCGACCUCCUUCCUUUCCUUUGACGCUCGAUUCGUUCGAGAUGUUUCAUUGCGGUCAAUGCCGCAAAACAUUCAGUGCCCGCGGUUCGGCCCGGACUCAUCGGCGGGCCAACACGUGUCGAAAUGCCCAGGAGUCUCCAUGCACGACGGAUCACAUUCAUAAACCAAUUCGCCUCGAAUUCGAUACCAUGGCCGAGGCCCAGAAUUGGUUGUUGGAAAAGCAAUUGGAUCGGUUCUUUUCCACUAGCACUGUAAGAAAUUCCUUUCGGGUUAUGCGCUGCACUCAAGAUGUCAGGAGUAGGUUAGCCAGUAGUAAAAAAUCCAAGAAGACAUACCAUUGCGAUGCCAGGAUCUUCUUCAAGCAAAGUGAGGUAUGCGCUUGUGAUAGUCAUGAAUCAGAAUGGUGUUGGAAUGUGAAACAACUAGUUCUGGUUUAUGGUUGUCUGGAACAUUCACAUCCUAUUGAGCGGAACAAAAUUCGGUUGUCCAAAGCUACCAAAGAUCGGGCAGCAGAGCUCCUCGCCGCCGGUGUUUCUUCGGACGUCGUGCUAAAAGAAUAUCUUUCACAACACGAGCAAGAUCCGGAGAGCAAACCUUUAUCUUACAGCGAUGUCUACCGCAUUAAGAGGAUGUGCAAACUUAAAGGUUAUAAUGGGAAAAAUGCCAAUGACAACAACGCUUCCGAAUUGCCAAAUGAACCAGUUUUUAAGGGACCUUUCUUUGAAAAACGACUGACUGAAACGAUCAUUGUGGUUGAUAUCGACGGAAAAAGAUUGGAAAGCGAACAAACGGAACUCGAGUCAGUUUUGGCCGAGAUUGAGAAGGCUGAAGAGAAGAUGCGCUCAAUCAAGGAUAUUUUGAAGGCUGACGAUAAGUCUUUUGCGGAAAAAAAACUUUUAAUAGAAUCGUUUAGACUCCCCCUCGCCAAUUUGAUCAGUACACCCCACAAUCUCUAAGGCUAAUACAUCGGACUUUGUUCAUUUGUCUCAGAUCAUUGGAGCGCGGAAAAAAGAUACAUCGUAAAAAAAAAAAUUGUCAUUUUGCCUGAAAAUAAUUUUUGAUUUUGAAAGAAAAUGCAUUUUUGAAGUUUUUAUUCACA